CACACAUUCAUUCCCUUCUGCGUAGCUACGCUAGAGUGUGUUCCGGAGCUAGCCUCGGCACACAUUUUAUUAUCAAAAAACAAAAAACUAAAAAAAUAAACACGGGGAAGAAUAUUUUUGUAAGAAAAAAAACUCGGUGAAGCAGGACUAACAAAGUAACCCGUCGAAAAUAGGACGAGAAUUCGGAAGAGAAGGCCAUUUUGCUCCCUUGAUAACAUUGUUGAAGGCGUGGGUGAUUUCACAUUGAUAGCAAGCUGAGACAUUUUUAGCUAGACGCUAACGUAGCAGUUUGUCGAUAUCGCAUCUGUUAUUAUUGUAACGCUAACUAGUCGUACUUUAAGAAUAUUGUAGCUACUAGCAACUUUGGUCGACAUUAUUUCCUCAGAAGGUAACGUUAGCUUGCUAGUCACUAGGUAGCAGAAUUAGCUAUCCGGCCCGCAUUGCUUUUUUUUGGCCUAAGUGCGAAMUAACGUUAACGUCCAAAACAUUUUUUUUUUUUUAAAUCCAGUAACGAAUCUUCGGUGUCAUAAGACACCAUUUCGCAGACGUUAGCCUGACAACGUAACGUGUUUACCCUCCGUAUUUUUUAAAACAAAACAUCGUCUUGACAACACAGUCCAGAGUAGACAUGAAUCCAAGCGCGCCCAGUUACCCGAUGGCCUCGCUCUACGUCGGAGACCUGCACCAGGAUAUCACCGAGGCCAUGCUGUACGAGAAGUUCAGCCCCGCCGGGCCUAUCCUCUCGAUUCGAGUCUGCAGGGACAUGAUCACUCGUCGAUCCCUCGGAUAUGCCUACGUUAACUUCCAACAACCAGCCGAUGCCGAACGUGCUCUGGACACCAUGAACUUCGACGUCAUCAAAGGGAGACCUCUGCGUAUCAUGUGGUCUCAGCGUGACCCUUCCCUGAGGAAGAGUGGAGUGGGCAACAUUUUCAUCAAGAACUUGGACAAGUCCAUUGACAACAAGGCCCUCUAUGACACCUUUUCAGCUUUCGGAAACAUCCUAUCGUGCAAGGUGGUUUGUGAUGAGAAUGGCUCAAAGGGCUAUGGCUUUGUGCACUUUGAGACCCAGGAGGCUGCUGAAAGAGCCAUUGAGAAAAUGAACGGCAUGCUGCUCAAUGACAGAAAAGUGUUCGUCGGACGCUUCAAAUCUCGCAAAGAGCGUGAGGCUGAGCUUGGCGCCAGAGCCAGAGAGUUCACCAAUGUUUACAUCAAGAACUUUGGGGAGGAUAUGGACGACGAGAAGCUGAGGGAGCUGUUUGGGAAAUAUGUUCCGGGACCGGCCCUGAGCAUCAGGGUGAUGACGGACGACAGCGGGAAGUCCAGAGGGUUCGGCUUCGUCAGCUUUGAGAGGCACGAGGAUGCUCAGAGGGCRGUAGAUGAGAUGAACGGGAAGGAUUUUAACGGCCGUCAGGUCUACGUGGGCCGCGCCCAGAAGAAGGGAGAACGCCAGACGGAGUUGAAACGCAAGUUCGAACAGAUGAAACAGGACCGUAUGACCCGGUACCAGGGGGUCAACCUGUACGUGAAGAAUCUGGACGAUGGCCUUGACGACGAGCGUCUYAGGAAGGAGUUCUCUCCCUUCGGUACCAUCACCAGCGCCAAGGUGAUGAUGGAGGGUGGCCGCAGCAAGGGGUUCGGCUUCGUGUGCUUCUCCUCCCCGGAGGAGGCCACCAAGGCCGUGACGGAGAUGAACGGUCGCAUCGUGGCCACCAAGCCUCUGUACGUGGCGCUGGCUCAGAGGAAAGAGGAGCGCCAGGCUCACCUCACCAARCAGUACAUGCAGAGGAUGGCCACCGUCCGUCCCGUACCCAACCCGGUCCUCAACCCGUACCAGCCUGCCCCUCCCUCUGGUUACUUCAUGGCCGCCAUCCCCCAGACUCAGAACCGCGCUGCCUACUACUCCACCAAUCAGCUGGCUCAGCUGAGACCAGGCCCACGCUGGGCCACCCAGGGUGUCAGACCACAACARUUCCAGAACAUGCCCAACGCCAUGCGUCCGUCCGCCCCCAGGCCGCAGACCUUUGGGGCCAUGAGACCCUCGUCCUCCCAGGUGCCACGCAUGAUGGCCGGCCAGAGAAUGGCCACCCAGGCCCUGGGCCAGCGUCCUACCGGUGCGGCGGCUGCUGCAGCCCCAGUGAGGAUGCCCCAGUAGUAUGCAGCAGGUGUGAGGAACCCCCAGCAGCACAUGGCCAGCCAGCCCCAGGUGCCCAUGCAGCAGCCCGCUGUCCAUGUCCAGGGACAGGAGCCUCUGACGGCCUCCAUGUUGGCGGCUGCUCCUCCACAGGAACAGAAGCAGAUGCUGGGUGAGCGUCUGUUCCCUCUCAUCCAGAACAUGCACCCCAGCCUGGCUGGAAAGAUCACCGGCAUGCUGUUGGAGAUAGACAACUCUGAGUUGCUCCACAUGCUGGAGUCUCCCGAGUCUCUCCGCUCCAAGGUGGACGAGGCUGUUGCUGUGCUGCAGGCUCACCAGGCCAAGGAGUCCGCCCAGAAACCCACCAACCCCGCUGGAGUCCCCAGCUAAGAACCGAGACGGUAAUCCUUAACUUGCUUCACCGAAGAAAACGUUAGAAAAAUUUAAACAUGGGAAAAAAACUGAAAACUCUGAAAACAUUGCAAAAUGAAUAAAGUAUUUCUUUACAAAAAAUGAAUACACCAUCUGCCAGGUCUAGAGAAGAUUAAUCUAGUCCUUGUUAUUAAAAGUACAAAAGUGGACCCAACAAAAAAAAAUAGCAAAACUUAUCUAAUUAUUGAAAAAUGUUUGACAAAAUGUGACCAUAAAAAAAACAUUCCAUUGUUUUAUUUCCUCUUCCAGUAUCAGUACUCAGAAUAUCAGCUGUUGUGUUCAGAGAUGGAGAUAGCUGAGUACUUUGAAAAGUCAUUUGGAUUGAAAACUGCUUAAUAAAGAUAUCAAACACUUAAAA